AUGCCACGUUCUCUGCACACAGCUAAUCUGAUAGGUCAAAGGAUGUAUAUCUACGGUGGCUGGGUUCCAAUGCAUGACGAAAACCAUGAAGGUGAAGUAAAGGAAUGGAAAUGUACAAGUGACCUGUCAUGCCUCAACCUUGAGACAAUGGUCUGGGAAAGUGCCUCACAUGUUUUUGAUGAAAAUAUGCCAAGAGCUAGAGCAGGGCACUGCUCUGCUGUGAUAAAUGAUAGGAUUUAUAUAUGGUCAGGAAGAGACGGAUAUCGGAAAGCAUGGAAUAAUCAGGUGUGCUGUAAAGAUAUGUGGUAUUUGGAGACGUCUGUACCGGGAACACCAUCCCGCGUUCAGCUGGUACGAGCGAGUGUUGCUGGACUCGAGGUCUCAUGGAGCGCUCUACCAACUGCUGAAGCAUAUCUGCUUCAGCUGCACAAGUAUGAUUCUAUUCUACCUGCUCACAAAAUAUUGGAUGACGACGCUUCUCGACAACUCACCUCACUUGGCAAGGGGCCAUUGUCGUCGCAAAAGAUGAUGUUGCAGAGAGGAACACCGUCUGGUGUCAUGAAGGUCAUGCGUGGUGCAGGACCAGGACAACAGAUUGUACGAGUUGUAAGGCAAGUACCUGGAGUACCUGGUGCUGCUGUUAAGCGCAGUGAAACAGGGAACAGAGGCCAAAAGCGAUAUUCUUCUCGAAAGGAGGUGCCCAACAGAAGUUAG